AUGGCGAUCCGCCGUUCCGCGCGCAUUCGCCGCGCCCAGGAGUCUCCGGAGGUUGAAGACCCUACCCCUCAACAAACCCAGCAAACUCCAGUUUCCAGACUUGCCUCCGUUGCCGAGAGGGAAGAAACUGUCGACCGCGAUCUUCCCCACGUUCAGACCCCAGUCGCGAAGACACCAUCUCAAAAGACUCCCAACGCGUCUACUCGAAUUAGAUCCGUGACCGCGCGAACUCCAACUAGUGUAACUGCAGCUCGUCCGCCCCGGGAAGAAAUGCAUCCUAGCAAGGUGCAUCAAAGCACGACCAAACGCGCGGACUCGGGCCUAAUUCUUGGAUUCAACCCCAUAAAAAAGGACGCCGAUGGCAGGAUCAUCAAGCAAGACGUAAUUGACAACACACCUACCAAGUCCAAGGCGUCUCCCGCAACUAGCCAAUUUGGAACCCCGGGAUUCGAAUUCAAGUUCUCUUCCCAGGAAAACGAUCUCAGCGACCAGGCCAAGAAACUCAUGGAAAGCGUUCGUGGCGAUGUUGCCCGAAUUAAAGCACAGAUGGUUCACGACAAAUCAAAGCAGGACGCUGAAGAUCACGGAGAUCGGAAGAUUGCCAUGCCAAAGGGCAGGGCUGGCCGUUUCAGCGAUGUGCAUAUGGCCGAGUUUAAGAAGAUGGACUCGAUUGCAGGACACGCCUCGGCAUUCCGCGCUACUCCUGGUCGCUUCCAGCCUGUUACCAAGUCUCUCAAGCGGUCCAAAUCCAAAGCGCAGCUUGACGAACCGGAGAGCCAAAGCUCAUCUCCUUCUCGGCCUGCUGCAAAGGCCUCGGCUUUGCCUACUCCUGUUCCUGCAGCGGCCGCUAAGCGUGUGAAGCACAACAAAAUUGAAGAUACUUCAUCUCGCCGCGGAUCAGAGAAACCUGCCGAGAAGCCUGCAGACAAGCCUAUGGAGAAGCCUGAGACGCCUCGCAGACCCGCGGGCCCACGCCCUCGCCCUGGUGCUCGCAACUCACUCAUGACUCCCACCCGUGCUUCCCUCGCUCGUACAACUGCUACCAGUAUCAAGGCUCCGAGGACCUCCAUGAUCCCAUCCUUGAAACUUUCUCCGGUUGCUAAAACAAUUGCCUCGCCACGAACACCUCGUACCGAUUUCAACCCACGCCUCAAGGGCAAUUUGCCAACUCUCAGCAAUCUUCGGUCUAUUCUUCGCCGGCGUCAACCUCUCUUCUCUCGUGACCCUGCCCAAAUUGCAUCUGGCACCCAUGUUGCUGUACCUGAUUUCAAAACCAACUCGCUCUUUGCGGCACCCCCUGCUGAUCUAACGGACUCUGCUCCAACCCCUUCGCCGAAGAAGCAUGUUGAAUUUACUCCGACUGUCAAGUCCCGUCACGAGCUUGCUCAAGACUCGCCCUCGCCUUCCAAGGUCCCCUCUGUCAAGCAACGAUCUACUUCUACCGAUGUGUUCUAUCCGGUCCUCCCAACUCUCACGCCAGAGAAGAAUUCCGCUAUCUCAGCUGCCGUGAAUGAUUCCCCUAGCGUUUCAUCCAUUCGUCGCGUGCGCCCUUCAAAUGGCGUGGAACAGACUGCUUCUGUUCCAGAGAUUCCCGUGGUUGCUCACGGAAUCGCUCACGGCAUCGGUAACAAGAAGAGACACCGCAGCGAGGUUGACGAUACUUCCAACACCGAAAACACCGAGAACGUCCCACCAGCUGAUGCGCACACCGAGGAGCGCAGCACCAAGAGACUCAAGUCAUGCCCACCCACUCCAAGCCCCGUGAAGCCAAGCCCUAUGAAGCGCCUCACCAGGACCCCAGUCCGACCUUCUACCUCCAAAGUCGGCACCCCCGCCAGCACCAGACAAAAGAACCGCGGCGUUCUCAGCAUGAGCCGUCUCAAUAUGCUAUCCAAGCCAAAGGGACAAGCCUAA